AUGGGCAUCGAAGAGCUCCCCAAGAAGAUGAAGGCCAUCCAGGUGGUGGAAUACCACAAGCCCUACCAGAUCAACGAGAUCGACGUGCCCCGUGAGCUGCGAGAUGAUGACCUGCUGGUCAAGAUCGCCGUCGCCUCCAACUGCCACACCGACCAGAUGGUCCAGGAGGGCAUCAUGGGCACCAAGCUGCCCUGCACCGGCUCGCACGAAGGCUCCGGCACCGUCGUCGCCGUCGGCGCUGCAGCAGCCAAGCGUGGCUUCAAAGAGGGCAUGCGCGUCAUGUGUGGCAUCCCAUACCAUCCCUGCAUGAACUGCGCCGACUGCAACAACUCCGACGAGGGCUCCAAGCAGUACUGCAUGAAGCUCGAGGGCCACAAGGGCGUGCACAUCGAUGGCUACUUCGCCGACUAUGCCGUCUGCGAUUCCCGCACUUCCACCCCCAUGCCCGACGAAGUCACCUUCCGCUCAGCCGCCCCGCUGGCCUGUGCCGGACGAACGGUGUGGCGAGCGGUGCUGCAGGCUGGCGAGGCUGCGGAGAAGACGGGCAAGUGGAUUUGCAUCGUCGGCUCCGGCGGUGGACUUGGACAUCUCGGUGUGCAGUUCGCCAAAGCUCUCGGCUACAAAGUCAUCGGUGUGGACGCGCGCGAGGAGGGCCUGCGAUUGUCCAAGGAGUAUGGCGCGGACGUGAUCGUAGAUGCGCGCAAGGGCAAGGAUGCCGUGGUGGAGGAGGUGCACAAGGUGACGAACGGCGAGGGCGCCGACUCGACCAUUGUCCUGUCCGACCACAAGGACGCCACCGCCAUCGGCUGUGCCGCCUCCAAAAUGCACGCCACGCUCGUGCAAGUCGCCCAGCCCGACGACAUCAUCAUCCCCUUCCCCGAAAUCAUCUUCCGCGAUAUUCGGAUUCACGGCUCGCUGAUCUGCUCGCCCGAACAGAGCAAGUCGAUGAUGGAGACCAUUGCCAAGCACGGCAUCAAGGUGACGACGGUGCCCUUUGAGGGCUUGGAGAAGAUCAACGACUUAACCGAGCUGGUGCACAGUGGCAAGCUGGCGGGCAAGGCCAUCAUCAUCGUCGACCCCCAGCAGAUUGAGGAUGAGAAGAAGCUUGGUGCGAAAUACUAG